GUUACUGCACGGAUUGACCUGAGCAAGCAUGGAACUGCAAAUCAUGAUCAAAAGAACUAAAUGGAUCAGUAGAUGAAGGAGAAUCAAGGCGAGGAUUUGUUUCCUAUAAUACAGCUGGAAGGCGAUUGAGACUGAGCCCCUCUUCAACCGCAGCAGCUGUUUGGACAAUUAGAGCCGUGGAGAGAAGAGGCUGCUCCCUCAGGCUGUGGUAAAUAAUUCUGAGUUCAGCCAGUUGCCACGUUCUGACACUUCGAAGGCCCAGGCAUCUACUGACAAACGUUCAAGGUCAGUGAAUCAAGGACUUUUGGACCUAUUUAGAGCUGGUUAUCAACUCCAAACAUAAGUGAAAGCCACGCAGUUUUAACCUGAGAGAUUGGAAGAUGGAACAGCACGGGAAUCUAUCAGUAGUGCUCUAUGCAAAAAAUGACCUGAGACUGGAGAAUCGCCCCAUUCCAGAACCAGGCCCUAAAGAGGUGCUACUGAAGAUAGAUUCCGUCGGGAUCUGUGGCUCAGACGUCCAUUACUGGCAAAAUGGAAGGAUUGGAGAUUUUGUUGUGAAGAAGCCAAUGGUUCUGGGGCAUGAGGCUGCAGGGACAAUAUUCAGAGUGGGGUCUGGCGUGCAACAUCUUAAACCAGGUGAUAGGGUUGCCAUUGAGCCGGGAAUCCCCAGAGAAAUUGACGAACAUUGCCGAACUGGGCGUUACAACCUCUCGCCAACAAUCUUCUUCUCUGCUACUCCUCCCGAUGAUGGGAACCUUUGCCAGUACAAUACCCACGAUGCCAGCUACUGUUACAAGCUCCCUGAAUCCGUGAGCUUUGAGGAAGGUGCUUUGAUUGAACCCCUGUCUGUUGCAAUUCACGCCUGUCGUAGAGGAGGGGUUACAAUUGGCAGCAAGGUCUUCAUUUUGGGGGCAGGGCCAAUUGGACUCGUGAAUCUGCUGGUUUCCAAGUCCAUGGGAGCGUCUCAGAUUGUGAUCUGCGAUUUAUCACUGAAAAGACUGGAAAAGGCAAAGCAGAUGGGAGCCAGUUUCACAUUCGCAGUCGAGCAGAACACGACACCCCAGGAACUGGGUCAGAAGGUGAAGCAAAUCCUAGGUGGAGCUAUGCCUGAUAUAUCCAUUGAAUGCACUGGAGCAGAGCUAUGUGUCCAGGGUGGUGUCUAUGCAACCAAGUCUGGAGGUGUGUUGGUUCUUGUCGGGUUAGGUCAACCUUCAGCAAACAUCCCCUUGUUAGAUCUGUUAGUCCGAGAAGUGGAUAUCAGGGGAGUUUUCAGAUAUUGCAACACGUGGCCAGUGGCAAUCGAUAUGUUGGCUUCAAAGCGUAUUGAUGUGAAACCUUUGAUCACUCAUCGCUUUCCCCUGGAAGAGGCUCUCAAAGCGUUUGAAACCACAAAGAAAGGAGUGGGAAUCAAAGUCAUGUUGAAAUGUGACCCAGACAACUAGAUUGCCCCGAGAUAGUUGCUUCUUUUUCUGAUGUGCAGGGUGCACCUCCAGUCGUAAUCAUUCAGGGGUAGUCCACUGACCAAUGGAUAAUUGUGCACAUAUCAUUAGCGUGGAUGGGUACCUCGGCGUUGGGCUUCACUUUGCUCAGUAUCAUGUCAAUUUUUUUUUUAUUGUUCAUUUUUAGCUGCCCUGGUAUGCCAAGAAGCUGCAGUAUCCAACAGCUCCAGAUCAAGUAAGGAGCAGUCAUUGAAAUGGAGGAUGUAGGUGACAUGAGGAACAGUGUUGGGGUGGGGUGGGGGGGCUUCACAAUGAUUAUUAAUGUCGAAGGGCUCGCGAGAUGACCUUGAAGUCUUUUUUUUCAGAAUCAUUGCAUUACUUACCCAUUUCUUCAAUCUCCUGAAAUUUGCAAUACUUGAAUUACUGUACUAUGGAAUGUUAGAUUGAAGUAAAUAUUGAGUCUUAUUUAUUUGAUUUACGGUUACAGAAU